AUGAAGCCACGGUGGGUGCUCACUCUGUGGUGUGUGCUCCCGCUGGUACCUGGGCUGGGAGCCACAAGCAAGAGGUCCCCAGAAGAUGCCUCCUUCUACUAUGGAACUUUCCCGCCUGGCUUCUCCUGGGGUGUGGGCAGUUCUGCCUACCAGAUGGAGGGCGCCUGGGACCAGGACGGGAAAGGAGCUAGCAUCUGGGACGCCUUCACGCACAGCGGGCCAGGGAAGGUGCUCGGGGACAGCACGGCAGACGAGGCCUGCGAUGGCUACUACAAGGUUCAGGAGGACAUAGUUCUGCUUCGGGAGCUUCAAGUUACUCACUACCGAUUCUCCUUGUCUUGGCCCCGGCUCCUGCCCACCGGCAUCCGAGCUGAGCAGGUGAAUGAGAAAGGGAUCAAGUUCUACAGCAAUGUGAUCGAUGCCCUGCUGAAGAGCAACAUCACCCCCAUCGUCACCUUGUACCACUGGGACCUGCCGCAGCUGCUCCAGGUCAAAUAUGGUGGGUGGCAGAAUGUAAGCAUGGCCGGCUACUUCAGCGACUAUGCCAACCUGUGCUUUGAGGCCUUUGGGGACCGAGUGAAGCACUGGGUCACUUUCAGCGAUCCUCGGGCGAUGGUGGAGAAGGGCUACGAGACGGGCCACCACGCUCCAGGCCUGAGGCUGCCCGGCACCGGCCUGUACAAGGCAGCACACCACAUCCUCAAGGCCCACGCCCAAGCCUGGCAUGCUUACAACACCACGUGGCGCAGCAAGCAGCAUGGUGUGGUGGGGAUUUCACUGACCUGUGACUGGGGGGAGCCUGUGGACAUGAACAGACUCAAGGACCUAGAAGCAGCUGAGAGAUACCUACAAUUCUGCCUGGGCUGGUUUGCCAACCCCAUUUAUGCGGGUGAUUAUCCCCAAGUCAUGAAGGAUCAUAUUGGAAGGAAGAGCGCAGAGCAAGGGCUGGAGAUGUCCCGGCUGCCCGAGUUCUCCCUCCAGGAGAAGAGCUACAUGAAAGGCACAGCUGACUUCCUGGGACUGGGUCACUUUACAACAAGAUACAUCACGGAAAGGCACUUCCCUUCCCGCCAGGGACCCAGCUACCACAACGACCGUGACUUAAUAGAGUUUGUUGACCCCACCUGGCCAGAUCUGGGGUCCAAAUGGCUCUAUUCUGUGCCCUGGGGAUUUAGGAGGCUCCUGAACUUUGCUCAGACCCAAUAUGGCAGUCCCCCCAUUUACGUGAUGGAAAACGGAGCCCCUCAGCAGUCGCAUUGCACUCAGCUGUGUGAUGAGUGGAGAAUCCAGUACCUCAGAGGCUACAUUAACGAAAUGCUGAAAGCUAUCAAAGAUGGAGUUAAUAUAAAAGGGUACAUUUCCUGGUCUCUGCUGGAUGAGUUUGAAUGGGAGAGAGGCUACGCAGAUAGAUACGGAUUCUACUACGUUGAAUUUAACAUCAGGAAUAAGCCUCGCUAUCCCAAGGCUUCAGUUCAAUACUACAAGAAAAUUAUCAUGGCCAAUGGAUUUCCGAAUCCUCGAGAGGUGGAAAGUUGGCGCCUUGAAGCCUUGGAAACUUGCUCUAUCAACAACCAGAGGCUUGCUACAGAGCCCCUGCGCCGCCACCUGCACCUGCUUUCGGAGAUCGUGGUUCCCACGGUGUGCGUCCUCUGUGUGCUCACUGCCGCCCUGCUGCUCAUGCUCCUCCUCUCCUGCCACCGCUGACGUCACCCUAUUGCCUCCCCCUCCCCCCCCAAACGGUGCCUAUAUGUCCGUUUGCAGUCUGUGAGAAUUACUUGUUCCUUUCUUUCCCCCCCCCGCCCCGCCCUCUUUUUGGUUUGUGCUGAGAUUUAAGAAUUAGAAAAUAAAAGUAAGCAUGGAUAAAAUAAAAAGCAUCUGGAAUUUCACUUUUCCAAAAGUCAGUGUUAUUAUUUCUGCUAUAUAUUACGCAUGGAUUUUCAUUUUAUAAAAAUAAGACCACAGCGUAGAGUUCUGUGACUGUAAUUUGUACAUUUGUCCAGCAAGAUUGGCUUAAGGCAUAGACAGCUACCAUCUCAGCACUGUCCUACGGUGUAGACUAUUAGCCAACCAGGAAAAGGGGUUACUAGUAGGCCAGUAAGUGAGCAUACACACUUUACUGAGAGAAAUUACUUGUGCUAAGUUUAUUCUUUAACCAGUGAGAUAGUGCAAAGAAGCAUUAUAGACUAUCAAAAACAAUUUAUUAAAAUAAACAUUAGGGGCUGGGAAGGUGGCUCAGUGGUAGAGCGCUUGCCUUGCAUGC